GACAAACCGCUUUCCUGUUUGUUUCAAUUUUGUUUGUUUAAAUCGAAAAAUAAACGACACAGCUUAAGUAUUGAUAGAAUGCGGAUACUGAGUGAAUUAAUAUAAAUAGAACAUUAUUCACAUAUUAAUUUAAAUAGCUCAAUUUGUACAAUUUUGUAGAAAAUGUCGAGCAAAUCAAGAAUACCAUCGCCAGCGCGUUCUCACAAAGCAAUUACACCAAGAAGAUAUAAACCAAGAAAAAGCAGAAGCGUGGGGUCUCCAGCAUGUUCAGUUAACUCUAGCAGACUUGCAUCUGUCGUUAAGGACGUCAUAGAUUUAUCACCAAUGAUAAGAAGGAGAUCUGUGCUGAAUGAUGACACAGAUAUUAUCGUGCCUGGAAGAAAAAGUUGGUGGAAAAAUUUGGAUGAAAAUUCGAGGGAAGUGCUGGAUGUGCUGCAAAAUAAAGAAAUGGUUGAUGCAAUGAAUGUACUUGAAGAUUUAGAUGUAGAAAUAUUGAGCCAAGGAACAAAGAAUUAUUCACUUGAUCUCCAGGACAGCAGUGAUGCAGAAUCUAUAAAAAGUAUUGUUAUGCCGCAUCGUAAGCUAUUUUCUGAAAAAGAAAACACUGCACAGAAAAAGUUCCAAGACAUCAUGAAACGGAGAGAAACACUUAAUGUAACAGAAGCACAAAAAAGUAGGAUUGACUGGGAUAAAGAUUUGAGUAUAACCCCUAAAAGUCUCUUUAAGCGACACGAGAAAAGACCUCAACCUGUAUUUCCAGCUGCUCUGCUAAGUGUUUCUACAAAUAAAACAGUAACAAACGAUAAAACAUUACAACCAAUGGAGCCAAAAACUCAAGGUCGCCACCUAUUUGGUAAUAGGCCUGCUACUAAACGAAAGAAUAUGUUUGUGGACUUCAUUGUUUCCGAUAGUGAAGAAGAAAUCCCUGACAUGCAACCGAAAAUCUUUACGCUAAAACGACAAUCCCUACAAAAACGACGCGCAAGCUCUAUUUCAAACAUUAAUUCACCAACAGCAAGUAUUACUGACAUAGAAAUGGAUGACUGGAAGCUUUUGCCAUCUUCAACUAUGGUGGAACAUCAAUUUGAAGAUCAAACAACUCCAAAAAAUAUAAGACGUAGCAUAAUAUCAGGAAAUAAUGAAAAGCAAAAUUUAACACAUGCUGCUGUGCAAGAGAAACAACAGCAAAGAGAAAGGAAUAUAGACAAAUUUAUGGACAUUGAUACUCAAGAUGAAGCCGAUGUAACACUAAUGAAUAAUGUUGAUAAAGAAACAUCUAGAACUUUAAAUACAACUAAGAACAGGUCUAAUUUGAGUAACCGAGUUUCUAAUAAGUCUUCAAGAGAAACACAACAUGUUAAAAGCCAUAACAAUAGUAAUAAAGUACAAAACAAAGAAGCCGAAAUAAGUAAAAACAACAAAAAGAACCUGGAGCAGGAAGAAAGUUUUAGAAUUCAAUUAAAGUCUGUAGCAAAAGAUCUGAAUAGGAGUAACAAUAAACAAAAUCUAAGUAAGGCUGUAGAUACUGAUGAUUAUAACAAAGAAAGUAAUGUUGAAAAGAAUGUACAAAUGAUUGAUAUGAAGGAAAUUCAAGAAGAAUCUAGUGAUGAAGAGCUUGAAAAUAGCCAACUUCGUUACGAAGAAGAUGAGGCUAGGAUUGAAGAUAAAGGAAAUAAAUCGGAAUAUGCACAAAAACAAUCAGGGAUCCAUAAAAACAGCAUAAAUAGUCAAGAAUCAAAUAUCGUAUCUGAUGGUAAUUCAGACAAUUUGCACAAAACAAUACAAGAUAAUAAUAUCAGUAAGAUGAUCGAAAAAAAAUCGAAACCUGAACACAAUGUGUCCAAAGAUGGAAAACGUAAAACUAUUGAAAAGAGCAAUAAAACUACAGAAAAACUUAACGAUACUCAAGUUACGAAAGAAAAUAUGCAUGCCAUAAAUUUAAAUGAAGCAGAGCAAGAAUGUGAGCAAAAGCUGGCUAAUACACAAGAAAACACAAAUACCAUGCAGGGCUUAGAGGAUAAUAGCGGACAGGAAAAAAAUCAAAAUGAAAAUGAAACAGGACAGCUAGAGAGUGAACUAGAACAAGAAAACAUUCAAAUAGAAGAUGGGCUAGAUAAUAGUCAAACAGCGCAACAAUGUGGCGUAUUAGAAGAUGAGGAGAGUGAAAUAGUAGAGGAAGAGGAAAGUGAAGUAGAUCAACACAACGACAGUCACGAAGAUGAAGAAGAACAGGUAGACGAGAAAGAAGAACGGGAAAGUGAAGAAGAACAGGAAGAAAGUAUAGAAGAUGAAGAGGAACAACAGCAAGAAAGUGAAUUACUUCAAGAUCAAGAAAGUGAAACUGACCAACAAGAGAGUGAAACAGAACACGAGGAAAGCCAAGUGGAACAAGAAGAUGAUAACCACACUGACGAUGCUAAACAAAAAGUCAUACAUCAUAGUCAAAAUGACGAUGCAACAAACGAUAAAAGCGAAGAAAAUCAACCCAGUGAAGAAAUAGCCAAUUCCAUGCAUGAUAUAAAUACAAAUAUAAACGAAACAGUAAAAUCACCAGAGGCCGUUCUCAAUAAACAAUCGAUCCACGGGAAAAUAUCUUUAAUAGAAGGACGCAACACAAGCGUGAGGAAAACAAAAAGUGUUAUACCUAAGAAUCUUACUAUACGGCCUAGUCUAGCUCCAAUCCGUGACAGUAUAGAAUUCUCAGACGGUACAAGAGAUUCGAGCGCCAAUAACUCCGGUUGGGACUCCCACAGAACAACGCGAAAAACAAUGCGACAAACUUUCGGAAAAGAUUUUACGCCACGAAAGUCCCUGCGAACUCUGGUUAUGGAAAAGUCAGCGAAGCGUCAAACCAACUUGAACGAUAAUGAGGAAAUUAGCAAGAUACCGCAAGCGAAUUCCACUGAAUAUCCCGAAUUUGGAAGUGUUGCUGAGGAAAUGGAGGUGGAAGAGAGUAUAGUUGAAGAUUCGGGCCAUUCAGAAUCGGACCAUGAAGAAUCGAACCAUGCAAAAUCGAAUCAUGAAGAGUCGGAUCAUGCCGAAUUGGACGAUGACGAAUCGAACCAUGCAGAAUCGGAUCAUGCCGAAUCGGACCAUGAAGAAUCGAACCAUGCAGAAUCGGAUCAUGCCGAAUCGGACAAUGAAGAAUCGAAACAUGAAGAAUCGAAUCAUGAAGAGUCGGAUCGUGAAGAAUUGAGCCAUGCAGCAUCGAAUCAUGAACAGUCGGAUCACGUAGAAUUAGACCAUGAAGAAUCGGAGCAUGUUGUAUCGGACCAUGAGAUAUCGGAUCAUGCAGAAUCCGACCUUGAAGAAUCGGCCCAUGUAGUAUCGUAUCAAGAAAUAUCAAACCAUGUAGUAUCAGACCAUGAAAUAUCAAAACGCACGCGUCAGACCACAUUGGAAACAUAUUUGCAGAAAAUCAAAUUGGAGAAUAUUGCGAAAAAACGCAAAAUGGAGGAAGAAAUAAGGAAUUCACUUAAAACGGUAUCACAAAACGCGAAUAUAUUCAAAGUUCCACUUAAACCAGCCAUCAGAAGAACGCAAAAGACAAUCAAUAAACCCAAAACGAAUAUAAGGAAACCAGCAAUACCUUUGGCUUUGCUUCCCGAAGAAGUUUUGGAGGACUUAAAAUAUAAACCACCAAAGAGGUAUCAACCGAAAAACGCAUCAUGGGCGACUAAAAGAUUAUAUAAGUUUCUGGAAACCAAAUUAGAGCCUCAAUACGACUACAAAGCUCGCGUUCGUGCGGAAAAAUUAGUAGAAGUCAUAUACAACUUUACUCGCGAUACGAGGCGUUUUGAAGUCGCGCCGCAGCACAGUGUGGACGCGCUCAAACACGAAAUGGCGAGACUCAAUGUUGUUAGCACGCACUUUGAGUUCUAUGAGUUUAUCAAAGCCUAUAUGCCCAGGGAGGUUAGGAAUAAGGUGGUACCAGACAUAGUUAAUAAGAUUCCACUUCCGAAACCGAAUGUGUUUGCGCAAAUCAUACGAUAAAUAUAAUAUUAAGAAUUAUGCGUUAAUUGUAUUUUGAGUUUUAAUGUAAUAAUUGGGUGAUAUUGUGUUGCGUAAUUUUAUGAAUAAUGAUAAUAAAUAAUUUAAGAUGUUGA